UUGCCGCUAUCAGUCUCGCGUUCACCGCCCGGCUGAGGAGGUGAAAGUUUCUCCCCAGGAAGAUAAACCGCAAAAGACAAUAUUGUGCAUGAUUUGCGCCUUUUUUUGCAAAGCGAAAAAAAAAAAAAAAAAAAGGCCAAAAAAAAAAAAAAAAAUAGGGGAGAGUGUGGGGAAGCUCGAAGAGGAGAGAGAAACAAUCUCUCGGCCACUUCGCGACAUUCCUAUAGCCAAAAAAAUCACUGAAGGAAGUUUCUUUUUUGUUUUCUUUUUCUGCUGCCCGCGCCGAGCUCUCGCUGUUAUUGUUAUUUGCGGGCAGUUUCUUUUUGCGCCCACCCCAACCCCCCUCCCCACUUCAGCUUCCCAGAAAAGUCAAAGCAGAGAGACAGUGAAUAUUUUUUUGGGGCACCUUUUUUUAUUAUUAUUAUUUGCGUCUGCGAAGAUCUCUUUCCCCCCUUUCCCACCAGCCUCUGUUGUUUUUUUGUUGUUGUUGUUUUUGUUUUUGUUUUUUUUCCUCCCCCCCUUUUUUUUCUCCCCCCCGCGCUGAUGCCGAAGGGGGUGUUUUUGAUGUGGUUGCUUUGGUGGUGAUCGUCUCCGACUUUCCAGAGAGGGUGUUUUCGCCGCUGCCGCUGCUGCUGCUGCUUCUCUCCGCGUUGUGUGCGUGCGCGCGUGCUUUUUUUUGGGUUGCUGCAUCGACGCUGGGAAGAUGCUUCUGGAUGCUGGACCGCAGUAUCCCGCCAUAGGAGUCACUACGUUCGGAUCGUCUCGCCACCACUCCGCGGCCGAUGUCACGGACAGAGAAGUGGGGCUGGGAAUCAACCCCUUCGCCGACGGCAUGGGCGCCUUCAAACUCAACCCCGGCGGCCACGAGCUGGCCUCGGCCGGGCAGACCGCCUUCACCUCGCAGGCUCCGGGCUACGCGGCGGCGCUGGGGCACCACCACCACCCGCCCCACGUCGGCUCCUACUCCAGCGCUGCGUUCAACUCCACCCGGGACUUUCUGUUCCGCAACCGCGGCUUCGGGGAGGCCGCGGCCGCCAGCGCCCAGCACAGCCUCUUCGCCUCCGCCGCCGGCGGCUUCGGCGGCCCGCACGGACACGGCGAUGCCGCGGGACAUAUACUUUUCCCCGGGCUGCACGAGCAAGCGGCUGGCCAUGCUUCGCCCAACGUGGUGAACGGGCAGAUGCGCCUGGGCUUCUCCGGAGACAUGUACGGCCGAGCCGAGCAGUACGGCCAGGUCACCAGCCCCCGCUCCGAGCACUACGCCUCGAGCCAGCUGCACGGCUACGGCCACAUGAACAUGAACAUGGCAGCGCACCACGGGGCGGGGGCCUUCUUCCGCUACAUGCGGCAGCCCAUCAAGCAGGAACUCAUCUGUAAGUGGAUUGAGCCCGAGCAGUUGGCGAACCCCAAAAAGUCCUGCAACAAAACUUUCAGCACGAUGCACGAGCUGGUGACUCAUGUCACCGUGGAGCACGUUGGAGGACCCGAGCAGUCCAAUCACAUAUGUUUCUGGGAAGAGUGCCCGCGAGAAGGGAAACCUUUCAAGGCCAAAUACAAACUCGUAAAUCACAUCCGAGUCCACACAGGUGAAAAACCUUUCCCCUGCCCUUUCCCAGGCUGUGGCAAAGUGUUUGCCAGAUCAGAGAAUCUCAAAAUACACAAAAGAACUCACACAGGUGAAAAACCAUUUAAGUGUGAAUUCGAGGGCUGUGACAGGCGCUUUGCAAACAGCAGCGACCGCAAAAAGCACAUGCAUGUGCACACUUCCGACAAGCCCUAUCUCUGCAAAAUGUGUGACAAGUCCUACACGCACCCCAGCUCCCUCAGAAAGCACAUGAAGGUCCAUGAAUCGUCCUCGCAGGGGUCCCAGCCUUCUCCCGCCGCCAGCUCAGGCUACGAGUCCUCCACCCCUCCAACCAUCGUGUCUCCAUCCACAGAAAACCAGACCGCCAGCUCCUUAUCCCCUUCCUCCUCCGCAGUCCACCACACGUCCAGCCACAGCACGCUUACAUCAAAUUUUAACGAAUGGUACGUUUAAAACGCUAAAACAAAACAGCGAAAAAACACAAACCGAAACAAAACAAAAAAGCCCCAAGCGAGCGAAUCCAGACCCUAUUUAAAAGACUCCAAAAAUAAUGAACACUCUGAAAUCAGAAUAUAAAAAAAAAGAGCAAACAAAAACAAAAUGCUGCCAGUAGACCCAGGACUGAGUAAAAUGAAGACUCUUUUUUUUUGUUUGUUUGUUUUUCUUCCUUUUUUUUUUUUUUUUCCCUCUUUUAUUUCUCUCUCUUUUUUUUUUUUUUCCCUGUUUAUUCUUCCUUUUUUUUUUUUAUUAAUUAUUAUUGAUUUUUUUUUUCCUUUUUACUUUUUGGACUGUUCAGCUCUGCUCUGUUCCAAGGCUUGGUAGGCGAAGGGUUUAGUAGGAUGCAUAAGAAGACAAGGUUACCAGGGCAAAUGCCAACCGUGUAGGGCUGUACUGGAAACCACUGAUUAGAGCUCUCCAACUGCAUGUCUGCUCGGGCAGCGGCCUUCCCCCACUCCCUCUUGUAAAUACAGAAUUAUUAGCUUCAAAAAAGUUAAAAAAAAAAAAAAAAAAAGGAGAGAGAGAGAGAGAGAGAGAGAAAACACAAAAAACAUGAACGUACUGUUUCAUUUUGUACAUAGUUAUACCGCAGUCGAAGCCGGGGAGCCGUGGAGUUGUGGUUGCAUCUAUG